AUGUACCUGCCCAGGACGCAGAUACAAAGAGAUACUGUGGCAGGAGGAGCGAACCGCACAGGGGCAAAACCGGUGACUUUACUCUUGUCCAAGUUCUGUGGGGACCCUGGUGUGCCUGCCUAUGGCUCCAGAGAGGGCCUCAGCUUCAUCUAUCAGUCAGAGGUGUCGUUCAGCUGUAGCGCCCCCUAUAUCCCGGUGGGCUCCACUACACGCUUGUGCCAGGCCGACGGCUCCUGGAGCGGAUUCCAGCCUCGCUGUAUAGAACCGACCCGUACUACCUGUGAGAACCCAGGGACACCUCGCUACGGUUCUCUGAACAGAACCUAUGGCUUCAAGGUGCACUCACCUGUGUGUUUGUACUCUAACACAGGUGGGCAGCAUGGUGGCGUUCCAGUGUCAGCCGGGGUCACCUGCUCCAGGGCUCCACCACCCCGGCUGUGUCAGGCUGACCUUACCUGGAGCGGCUCCCAGCCAGAGUGCAUCCCCCACUCGUGUAAGCAGCCAGAGAGCCCGGCCCAUGUGGAGGUGAUGGGGAUGGACCUGCCAGGGUUUGGCUACACCCUCCUCUACUCCUGCCAGACCGGCUUCUUCCUGUCCGGGGGCUCGGAACACCGCAUCUGCAAGUCCGACGGUACCUGGACCGGGAAGAUGCCCAUUUGUCGAGCCGGGUCCAAACUCUCAGAGAAGCCCAUCAAGCCAGUGGCAGGGACACCCAGUCCCAAGCUGAAUGUUCCUGAUGACGUCUUUGCUCCUAACUAUAUCUGGAAGGGUUCAUACAACUACAAGGGAAGAAAACAACCAAUGACUCUGAGUAUCACGAGCUUUAAUUCCACCACGGGAAGGGUUAACGUCACCUUGACCAAUAGCAACAUGGAACUGCUGCUUUCAGGUGUCUAUAAGAGCCAAGAAGCACGGUUGAUGCUGCUGAUGUACCAUGUGAAAACGUCGACUCACACCACGCUGGGCAAGGUCAAGGAGGAGACGUGGUCCAUGGACGGUUUUGUGUCUGCAGAACCUGACGGUGCCACAUACGUCUUUCAGGGCUUCAUACAGGGUAGAGACUACGGCCAGUUUGGACUGCAGAGGCUAGGUAAACAUUAUGGUUUUUAUAUCAGCUUUCUCAAUGURUGA